CCUGUGACCAGGAACCGCCCUCCACACCUGACACCAUGACCCACUCCUGCUGCUCCCCUUGCUGCCAGCCCACCUGCUGCAGGACCACAUGCUGCAGGACCACCUGCUGGAAACCAGCCUGCAUCACCAGCUGCUGCAGCGCCCCCUGCUGCCAGCCCAGCUGCUGUGGCCAAACCAGCUGUGGCUCCAGCUGCUGCCAGCCCUGCUGCUGCCCAACCUGCUGUCAGACCACCUGCUGCACGACCUGCUUCAAGCCCAGCUGUGUGACCAGCUGCUGCAGCACCCCUAUCUGCCAGCCUAGGUGCUGCGUGUCCAGCUGCUGCCAGCCCACCUGCUGUCAGCCCACCUGUUGCCAGCCCAGCUGCUGCCAGUCCAUCUGCUGCCAGCCAGCCUGCUCCGGGCCCGUGUACUGCACCAGAACCUGCUACCACCCCACCUGCGUCCACCUGUGUAGUGGCCUCCCUGAGAGCUAUGGAUCCGGCUGCUGCCAACCUGGCUGCUGUUGACCCUGCUAUCUGUCACACUCCACCUUUCCAUCAGCUGAUCCAACUCUUGUGAGUGAGUCACUCUCCGGCCCCUGACAACAAGUCUUGCUUGUCUUCUUGUAGAAGGUCUUAGCAUGUGCCUGCUGUGAGAUGCACCUGGCUUUGCUUCUCCUGCCCUUUCAUCCAUGUUCUAGCUUCUGGUCCAUCUUAUCUACUCUUGACCUUGAGUCAUGGUCCUUAUAUGGCAAAAACCAAUUCUCUUCUGUUGUCUCCAAGCAACCUAAAAAAUAAAAACAAAUGUUUAUUUUUCUUUACUCUCCCAUGGAUGAGUGAUUAGCGUUUAAUAUUUCCUCAGUGUAUUCCCCAUCUUGUGGCCUACACUUCUCCCACUGUGGUCAUCUUAUUGUCUCCCCACUGCAGGGAGUCUCUCCUUGUUAUUUCCAAAUAAAUCUGCAUCUCACUGCA